AUGGAUGACCCAUUUCAGCAAAUGCCCACCACCCUUCAACAGUUCAUGAAAAGUAAAACCACUAUAAAUAACCAAACUUCUCAAGCCAUCAUUGACAUAAGGAAUAAUUUGACCAAGCUGAACACAACCAUGAAUCCACAAGAGAAAGGAAAAUUCCCAUCUCAAUCCCAACCAAAUCCUCAAGUCCAAAUGACUGCCAUAAAGUUUUCAUCAUCUUUUGAAGCAAAUGUCAAGACUUGCAAGGCCGUAAUAACUCUCCGUAGUGGUAAGGAGGUUGAUACAUUGAGUAAUGAAGCUGGCAAGAAAGGUGAAAGUUCCAAUUCCAAUGCACAAGGUAAAAAUUCAGACGUUGAUGAUUCUUUGGAAGCAAAGGUAACUCCUCCGGCACCUUUUCCUCAAAGAUUGAUUCCUUUGCAUAAAGAUAAAUAUCAUGCUGAGAUUUUAGACAUUUUUAGACAAGUGCACAUUAACAUUCAACAAAUCUCAACAUAUGCCAAAUUUUUUAAGGAUUUGUGUACGGUUAAAAGAAAACUUAAUGUGCAAAAGAAGGCAUUUCUCAUGGAACAAGUCAACGCCAUUAACCAAUCCAAUACUUCUCCUAAGUAUAAAGAUCCAAGUUCUCCAACAAUAGCUUGUGUUAUAGGAAGCUCCAAAACAGGCCAAGCACUCCUAGACUUAAGUUCUAGUCUUAAUUUGCUUCCUUACAACUCCUAUGAACAACUUGGUUUAGGAGAGUUGAAACCAACUUCUAUCAUCUUGCAAUUGGACGACCAUUCAAUUAAAAAGUCUAGGGGAGUAGUAGAAGAUGUGUUGAUGCAAGUGGAUACAUUUUAUUAUCCUGUUGAUUUUGUGGUAUUCGAUGUUCAAUUAACUCCUCAUUCAGUUUUUCAGGCACCCGUCAUUUUAGGGAGGCCAUUUUUCGCCACUUCCAACGCUUUGAUAAAUUGUCGAAGUGGCAUCCUUAAAUUGACGUUUGGAAAUAUGACGUUGGAGUUAAAUGUGUUCAACACUUGUAGGCAACCACAAGAUUUGAAAGAACCCCAGGAAGUGAAUUAUUUCGAAUCUUUACUUGUUGAAAAAAUUUUUUUAUUAGAGCAAGAAAGUCAAAUGGAACAUGUUUUACCUAGAACCUUAGAAAAUAUUGAGCUGUUGGAUAAUGAUCAGUUGAGCACGAGGAACAACUCCUAUGGGUCCUCAAGCAACAUAAAGGAGCAUUUGGAUGGUCGGUUGCCGACAUCAAAUGUUUUGAGGAAAUUGGAGCUAAAUGAAUUAGAAGAGUUGAGACAUGAUGUCUACGAUAAUGCCAAAUUGUACAAGGAGAAAACUGAGGCUUUCCAUGACAAGCACAUUCUAAGAAAGAGUUUUCUCCCCAAUCAAAAGGUUCUCUUCUACAACUCUAGACUCCAUGUGUUUACUGGUAAACUUCGAUCCAAAUGGAGUAGUCCUUAUAUUGUUCAGACAGUGUUUCCCCAUGGGGCUAUUGAAAUCCUCAAUCCACACAAUGGUAAUAUGUUUAAGGUUAAUGGACAGCUGCCCAAACCUUUCCUUGACCAUUUUUCACCAGAUGAUACCAAAAUCCAUUUACUGGACCCUGACCCUCCGGCCGAGACUUGA